AUGGGUGAGCUUUCUGUCCCUCUUUUCCUCCGUAAAGUUUCGUGUGUCGUGUGCAUGCACUGCGUCGCUCUCGCGCAAGAAAACGGCGUAUUCAGUAUGUAAACGGCAAGGCCUCUUGCAUUUUCCCUGUUAUUUACGCCCUAAGAUCCGGAAUCUCUGCCGUUCCUAUGACAUCACGGAUGAACGGCUGAGGUUUCAACUCCGUCCACCAUAUUAUUGGAUUAUCUUUCAUCAAAAAUAGGCCGUGAAGCAAAAUAGGCAUUAACAUAGAUUGGAACGUGGCACAUUCUGCCUCCUUGGAUUCUUAUCAAGUCUCUUAAUUUUUUACAGCUCAUCUAAUAAGGGUUUCAGCAUGGUCUCUCGGUACGAAGGUUCCACUCAUCGUCUACACAGCAAUCUUGUUUCUGGGAGUCGCAGCCGCUGGUCUGUUUCAACUUCUUUCGAAAAAACUUCAAUUUAUGAUUUUUUUUUUUGCUUAAAUUUUUGCGAAAUCCCGUUACACUAACUUUGUAGGGUUUCCCUGAAGGGUGUCGUUUAUUCCAAGGCUGUUCGGUGGCCCAUGUUGAUUUGGUUGUCGAAAUUGAAGAAACACGAAUUAAUUUUGCCUUUAAGCGUUCUCUCAGAAAAUCAAACGCCAAAAGAUUUUGUAAAAAACGUCAUCUUCGUUCCUGAGAGCUCUUCUCGCUAUCAUAGAAAGUAAACAACCUCCUGAAUAUUUAGAACAAAUCCUAUUUUAAUAGGCUCAAAAGCUUAAAAGCUAACUUCACUUUCAGGCUUACUGUAGGAAAACACCGUGAAAACCAAAUCUUAGUGAAACAAAUUAGUCUGAACCAAUUCUAAAAGAAAAUAAUUUCUUAUCAGGGAUGACGGGGGUUUUUGAUCUUGAAACGAGAUCUAAACAAAACAAAUUUUUAAAAAGGUCAAUUUUUAGAGGAAAAGCGUUUCGUUUGUAUUCAGCUUGAAAUGGCCUUUUUCCAGAUUCAUGCUGCAAACGAUCUGUUCUGUGCUAUACCACUGGUACUGCCGUUCCGCCUGAGUGCGUGAAAUCGACUUGCUUCGAAGCGUCGAUUCACAUAGAAAAGCCGGACGUUAAUAGUGCACAGUUCCUCCCUUAUUUCCCGACGACAACGAAAAUUGGUACUUUGACCAUCAUCGACAGCAAGGACAUUGCGCCUCUUAUGUUCAAAAGUCUCGUGGAAGUUGUCCACAAAGGGCUGGGUCAGUUCUUAUUCAUAUCUUCAUUGGCUUAAAAUAACGUUUUUUUAAAUCCAUUUUUUCAUUUGAAUUCUCUUCUAACAUUCAACUUCUUCCUAGAGCCCUAAUAGCAAACAAUUUGAGUUUCGAAGAUAAAAAUCUUGUGUUUGAAGGACCAGCGAUAUAUUUGGAGGAUGCCCGUUUGGAUGAUUCAUCAUUCUUAAACUUCCAAACGAUCACCGUAGAUGACAUUCGACCGUACUGUGUCAACAAGGACCUCGUCGUUGUCAAAGGGAAUUCGAAGGAAAUCUGGAAAGACCGAUUGGAAAGUGUCGCCAACAAAGUAUGUCGCUUGAAUGUUUAUCAGAGACCCCCUUCUAGAAAAUUUAUUCAACUUUUUGAGAAUUUUUCGUAGUGCAAUCGUCUGUUUUUACCCGCUAACAAUCAAAACAUAUCUUUUAAAAUGGAAAAAAGAACAAAAAUUUCACCUUUACAAUGCAAAAGUUGUGCUUCUUGAGGCUUUCCGCAAUUUCAAAAUUGAGUUCCGCCUAUCUCUAAUAUCUGUUUCUCUAACUCUUCCUUUUCCAGAUGCUUUCGAAAUGCUCAACACUGACAACGACAGUCGCGACCACGACUUCGAUCGUCACGACAACGACGACGAAGACUACGAAGAUGGCUGGCAACCAAACGACGUCUCUCCGUUCUUCCACCAACUCGCCGCUGGUUUGCGCCCCGGCUCAGACCAACCCCAAGGCUGGCGCUGCGGUUGACGAAGACAAAGUUUGCCCUAUCAAUUGUGAGUUUCCUAAAAAGGUUUUAUAAGAACUUCUGUUUGAAUUAAUCAUAUUGGAGGAAAACGUUAGCUGGCCUCGUCUCUUUUUUUCGUUUUUUUGAGACAAAAAAAUUCCGUCGAAAAUCGUUUGUCCUUACAGAAAAAGUUUCUUAUUUUUCCGGUCUACAACCUCAUUGAAAAAUAGAAUGAGUUUAAGAAAUUGAAAAACCUUAUUCUAUUUCUCGAUGAAGUGGCUCUCAAACAAAAAAACUCGGAGAGCCGAGCUGAAAUUGAGAAAAAAAGGCUUUUUUUGGCGAAGUGAUCGCUUUGCGGGGUGUUCUGUUUCAUCAGAAACUCUAUUGAAAUUUUUCUGAAUUUUUGAGUUUUUCCAUAUUAUAGUCCUAAGAAACUUGAAUAGUUAUCAGAAUUCAGCAGACGUUUCAAAUUACAGAUAUUUUGGUCGCCGUAGCAGUGGUCGCCCUUCUGAUCAUGAUUUUGGGCCUGGUGAUUGUCUACAUUUGGGCAUCGAGAAUGGCUGCCUUGAAGGAAAAACAGGAAAAGAAAACGGAAAUUGCUCUCGCGUCUAUCAGUGAGUAUUUUGUGAUGUUUAUUGAAUUGAGCAUUCUAGUCUCCUUUCUAGAAACAAACUUGUUUGGAAGACUGUAAUGCUUUGAUUCCGACCCACAUUUUUACCACAGCGAAGCUUUAAAUAUUUUUUCAAGUGGUUUUUUGUUUAAUCAUACCUAAUAAGGAGGUCAUUUUACUAUGUGGUUAGUGGUUUUUUGUUAACGGUCAGAAUCUCAUCUGCCCGAAUGUUCAGUUUCUAAGGUAUAAUGGCUCAAUGCCCUGAAUUGGCCGUUUUUGGAGGGGUUUGAGUGAUUUCUCUGACUUUGAAGGUUUAUGAAAGAAUGGAAAACUGAGCAGGCUCUUUUUCUUGCCAAGUAAAAUUAGCUUCCUUGCAAAUUUGUAACAAUUUUUGUUUGAUUUUUGAUUCAAAUUCUCGAUCUAAUUAUCUGACUUGAGGCUCAUACGCAACGCAGCUCAUCUGUACAAUCAUGGCGACGCAGUCGGAGCACGAUCACAAAAUCCGUUAGUUCCUCAGUUUUUGGCGUGUUUCAUUUGAGAUUUCAGUUGAAUCGAUCCCUCUCUUUCGUCCAUCGAAGGUCGCCCGUCUCAGUUAG